UAUCUCUGUCCCUUUCGUGUACUGCAUAGUAGUUGCUUGGCUGCCGUGCUAUCCAGAGGGAGAUCUGACAAGCUUGACUUGACCAAUGAAUCUGGCAAUGACCUACUUGUUUGCAUAAAUGCCAAACUUGAUUGGGAUACAGCGAAGCUCCGUAGGUAUGAAGUACCUGUUGUGCAUCGCCACUCUGCGCAGGUGUACGCACAAGCUCCAAGCCACACAGCGAGACCUGAAGGCAACCUGAACCUGAACCUGCUCAUCUCGAGAUAAAAGAAAGCUACAUAUCACUUUUUCCAGAUAGAAACUUAUAAGAACCUAGUAUAUGCCCACACUCAGAUCUCUUUUCCAUUACAUCCUACCCGUGACGGUAUUGGUAGUAGCCUUCCUACUUACACAUCUAUACCCCUCCCUACUUUCGAGCCACAUCUCAUCCAGUCUCCUGACAGCUCCCCGCCGUCUUAUUUCAGACUACUUGACCCCCCCUCCAAGCACAGAGUCAAAAACAGAAACAGAAGCCAAAAUGGGAGGCGGACCAGACCAAUUCCGCACCGUAGCCUACUUCGUCAACUGGGCCAUCUACGGGCGCAAGCACCGGCCGCAGGACCUGCCCGCCGACAAGCUGACCCACAUCUUAUACGCCUUCGCCAACGUGCGCCCGGACUCGGGCGAGGUCUACCUGACCGACACCUGGGCCGACACCGACAUCCACUGGGAGGGGGACAGCUGGAACGACGUCGGCACGAACCUGUACGGCUGCCUGAAGCAGCUGAACCUGCUCAAGCGGCGCAACCGCAACCUCAAGGUGCUUUUGUCCGUCGGCGGCUGGACCUACAGCAGUAACUUCAAGCAGCCGGCCUCGACGCCGCAGGGGCGCGCCGCCUUCGCGAACUCCUGCGUCGAGCUGAUCAAGAACCUCGGCUUCGACGGCAUCGACGUCGACUGGGAGUACCCGCAAUCCCCGUCCGAAGCCUCGGACUUCGUCGCCCUUCUGCGCGCCGUGCGCGAGGCCAUGGAUAAUUACAGCCGCAGCCUGCCGGCGCCGUACCACUUCGAGCUAACCGUCGCAUGCCCGGCCGGCGCGCAGAACUACAACAAGCUCGACAUCGGCGGCAUGGACCGGCUCCUCGACUUCUGGAACCUGAUGGCGUACGACUUCGCCGGGUCAUGGGACUCCACGUCAGGGCACCAAGCGAACCUCUUCCCAAGCACCUCGAACCCGCGCUCGACGCCCUUCAGCACCGUCGCCGCAGUGGACUUCUACAUCUCGCGCGGCGUCGCGCCCUCCAAGAUCGUACUCGGCAUGCCAUUAUACGGGCGCGCGUUCCAAGGGACCUCCGGGCCGGGGGCCCCGUACUCGGGCGUCGGCGAGGGCACGUGGGAGAACGGGGUGCACGACUACAAGAAGCUCCCCCUUCCGGGGGCAACGGAGCACAUCGACCGCGAGGCCGGGGCGAGCUACUGCUACGCGCCGGCGACGCGGACGCUGGUCAGCUACGACACGGUGGACAUGGCGCGGCGCAAGGCGUACUACGUGCGCCAGGAGCGGCGGCUGGGCGGCGCCAUGUGGUGGGAGAGCAGCGCCGACAAGGACGGGCCCCAGAGCCUGAUCGCGAACGUCGUCGAUGCGUUCGGUGGGCCGCGCGCCUUGGACCGCACGCCGAAUUGCAUCGCGUAUCCGCAUAGCAAGUAUGAGAACUUGAGGGCUGGGUUUCCUAAUAACUAAAUACGGGGUUGGGGAUGGGGACGGGAACGGGAAUAAGGAUGGGAACGGAAAUGGAACUGGGAGGAUGCGAGAAUAGAAUGGUUAACGGCUUAUGAUGUAUGGGAUAGGUCAAGUAAUCCCCGAGAAAUGGUAAAUAAGUUCGGCGAAUGCGUCCCUAGGUAGCUCUUAGGAUGCUAGUAGUGCUUAAACAUGAAUGAAAAGCAAAAAUCAGCACCAUCAA